AUCUUGUACACGCUAAUGAGCCAAGAGAGGCGCAGCGAUCCUGAGACUGGGUUCCUGCUCUACCUUAAAACUGGCAACCUUCACCCCAUCGUGGGAAAUCACAUGGACAGGAGAGAGCUUGUGAAAUUGAGGAAUUUGCUGGCACACCACCUUGGCAACAACUUGAAGAAAGUAGAGGGAGGGACGACAUGCCUGGCACCUUUACCUGACGUCAUCUCUGAUCGGCAGGCCUGCAAAUACUGUCCUCAGAAACAGAACUGUGCCAUAUAUAACAAAGCACUGGAGACCGACCCAGUUGGCGCCCCCCAGCAGCCCUUCCUGGAGCUAGAGAGCCAGCACCUCACCCAGCCCCAGCUGCAGUACUUCAGCCACUGGGUUCUGCUCUGUGCCCUGGAGGCCCGAACCAUGGAGGCCAAAGGAGGCCGCCGAAACAUCUGGCUCCAGUCAGCCCAGGAGAGGGAGAGGAGUGGUGGCUGUCUUGGGAAGAUGCUCAGGACGGGUAAAGUGACCACACUGGCUGAAGAUGUUUACCUACACACCUUUGAGCGACAAGGAGGCGCCCAGGCCCUGACAGGUCUGAACGUCGGUGAACGAGUGGUGGUUGGUGACCAGGACUCCAAAUUCAUCGCCAUGGCAGCUGGUUAUGUGACUGAGGUUUGCGGCGCUGGAGUGAGCUGCUCUUUAGAUCGGGAUCUGUCCAAGUGUCCUGCAAACAUGGUGUUCUGUUUGGACAAGGAUGAGGGAGCAGGGGGACUGAGCACCCACUUCGGGAACAUCUCUAAGCUUAUGGAAAAUUCCCCAACAAGCCAAAGGUUACGGGAGCUGAUAGUGGAUUUCCGCCUGCCUCAGUUCAUUGACAGCCUGAGCAGUGUUCUACCACGAGAUGCCAAGGAUACCGUCGCAAACAUCCUAAAAGGCCUCAACAAGCCCCAGAAACAAGCCAUGAAGAAAGUGCUUUUAUCUAAAGAUUACACACUUAUCGUAGGAAUGCCUGGCACAGGCAAAACCACCACUAUUUGCACACUGGUGCGUAUUCUCCACGCCUGUGGCUUCAGCGUCCUGCUGACCAGCUACACCCACUCUGCCGUCGACAACAUCCUCCUCAAACUGAAGAAAUUUAAGAUCGGCUUCCUGCGGCUAGGCCGAGCGCAGAAGGUGCAUCCAGACAUCCGGCCCUUCACAGACGAGCAUUGUCGGGCCAAAGGCAUCACCAGCCUCACCGACCUGGAGCACCUUUACAACAAAGAGCUGGUCGUGGCCACUACCUGUAUGGGUGUGAAGCACGCCCUCUUUAGCCGCCGUCGCUUUGACUUCUGCAUCGUGGACGAGGCCUCUCAGAUCAGCCAGCCCGUGUGCCUGGGGCCGCUCAUCUACGCCCAGCGCUUCGUCCUGGUGGGGGACCACCAGCAGCUGCCCCCCAUCGUCCAGAACGCAGAGGCCAGGACUCUGGGUAUGGAUGAGAGCCUGUUCAAGCGUCUGGAGCACCACUCUAAUGCUGUGGUCCAGCUGACCGUGCAGUACAGGAUGAACAGUAAGAUCAUGUCCCUGAGUAACAAACUGAUGUAUGAGGGGAAGCUCGAGUGUGGAUCUGAGCGGACAGCGAGUGCAGUUCUGCAGCUGGCCACCAGGGACAGCGUUGAACAGGAUUUAGAGCUGUUUAUAGGCCAGGUGGAGUACCUGUCAUGGAUCAAAGCUGCCUUGCAGCCUCUCAACCCUGUCUGCUUCCUCGACACCACCAAGGUUCCUGCUAUUGAGACGGUGGAGAAAGGAGGCAUCAGCAACCAGAUUGAGGCCACUCUGGUGCAUGCUGUAGUCAGCCUACUGCUUAAGUCUGGCUGUAAAGCGGCAGACAUUGGCAUCAUUGCGCCAUACCGGCAGCAGCUGAAGACCAUCUCUGGGCUGCUAGCGAGCCCUGCCUUCAGCCCGGUGGAGGUGAACACGGUGGACAAGUACCAGGGCCGCGACAAGAGUGUCAUCAUAGUGUCCUUUGUCAGGAGUAGCCUGGAGGCUAAUAUGGGGGAGCUACUGAAGGACUGGAGGAGGCUGAAUGUGGCCAUCACCCGAGCGAAGCACAAGCUCAUCAUGAUCGGUUCAGUCAGCACACUCCGACGCUACGCACCCCUGGAGAAGCUUCUCACGCACCUGGAGCAGGAGCGCAUGAUGUUCCAGCUACCAGUGGCAGCUCAUGAGGUACUGCCCACAACAUUUCUCUGAAGUAUACAGUGUUGGCCUUCCGAUUACCUCAGUUUUACACUAACCUCAAAAACACUCCACCCCCACCUCAGAAAUCAGAAAUGUUCAUUUGGAAAAACAUUUCACUGUGAAACCGUGUUGCUUUUUAAUGCAGUCAGGCAUGCUGUUUAUACAUGUAUUACUGUGAAUGUUAUUAGCUGUCUCAGUCAGACCUCAGGUAACUCAUCCUAAUUUUAUGAAUGUAUUAUUAAU